AUGGCUGCACUCCCUCAGUUCACCGACAGCUUCAGUGAAGUCUCUAUCGAAACCCAGGCUGGCUUUUUUGUAGAAACCGACGGGCUGAUCCUAGAAUUCAUGUGGCCGCUGAACAGAUCCAGAAUAGCCAAGGCUGUCUUGAAAAAGGACAAACAGCUGACUGUGGUGAAAAUCUUGUCCAUAAAUGCUAACCCCAGCAUCUUUUGUUUGUUUUCAGUAUUAUGUGCCAAGAACCUUGCAAAGAAAGACUUCUUCAGACUCCCCGACCCUUUUGCGAAGAUUGUCGUGGAUGGAUCUGGGCAGUGCCACUCAACGGACACUGUGAAAAACACGCUGGACCCAAAGUGGAACCAACACUACGAUCUAUAUGUUGGGAAAACCGAUUCUAUAACCAUCAGCGUGUGGAACCACAAGAAGAUUCACAAGAAGCAGGGAGCUGGCUUCCUGGGGUGUGUGCGGCUGCUCUCCAAUGCCAUCAGCAGGUUGAAAGAUACUGGAUACCAGCGUUUGGAUCUAUGCAAACUAAAUCCCUCAGAUACUGAUGCAGUUCGUGGCCAAAUAGUGGUCAGUUUACAGACACGAGACAGAAUAGGCACUGGAGGGUCUGUGGUAGACUGCAGAGGACUGUUAGAAAAUGAAGGAACGGUGUAUGAAGACUCGGGGCCGGGGAGGCCUCUCAGCUGCUUCAUGGAGGAGCCAGCCCCUUACACCGACGGCACCGGGGCUGCUGCGGGCGGCGGGAGCUGCAGGUUUGUGGAAUCCCCAAGUCAAGAUCAGAGACUUCAGGCACAGCGACUGCGAAAUCCUGAGGUCCGAGGGUCACUCCAGACGCCCCAGAACCGACCGCAUGGCCACCAGUCCCCGGAGCUGCCCGAAGGCUACGAACAGAGAACAACUGUGCAGGGGCAGGUUUAUUUUCUGCACACACAGACUGGAGUCAGCACGUGGCACGACCCCAGGAUACCAAGAGACCUUAACAGCGUGAACUGUGAUGAACUUGGACCACUGCCGCCUGGUUGGGAAGUCCGGAGCACCGUUUCCGGGAGGAUAUAUUUUGUAGAUCAUAACAACCGAACAACCCAGUUUACAGACCCACGGUUACACCACAUCAUGAAUCACCAGUGCCAACUAAAGGAGCCCAGCCAGCCGCUACCGCUGCCCAGCGAGGGCUCCGUGGAAGACGAGGAGCUUCCUGCCCAGAGAUAUGAGAGAGAUUUAGUCCAGAAACUGAAAGUCCUCAGACACGAACUGUCACUUCAGCAGCCUCAGGCUGGUCAUUGCCGGAUCGAAGUAUCCAGAGAGGAGAUAUUUGAGGAGUCUUAUCGCCAGAUAAUGAAGAUGCGACCAAAGGACUUGAAAAAGCGACUGAUGGUGAAAUUCCGUGGCGAGGAAGGUUUGGACUACGGUGGGGUGGCGAGGGAGUGGCUUUAUUUAUUGUGCCAUGAGAUGUUAAAUCCGUAUUACGGGCUCUUCCAAUACUCUACGGACAACAUUUACAUGCUGCAGAUCAACCCAGAUUCUUCCAUCAACCCUGACCAUUUGUCUUAUUUCCAUUUUGUGGGUCGGAUCAUGGGCCUCGCUGUGUUCCAUGGACACUACAUCAAUGGGGGGUUCACAGUUCCCUUCUACAAACAGCUCCUGGGGAAACCCAUCCAGCUGUCUGAUUUGGAAUCAGUGGACCCAGAACUACAUAAGAGCUUAGUGUGGAUUCUAGAGAACGACAUCACCCCCGUGCUGGACCACACGUUCUGCGUGGAGCACAAUGCUUUCGGGAGGAUUCUCCAGCAUGAACUGAAACCCAACGGCAGAAACGUACCUGUCACCGAGGAGAACAAGAAAGAAUAUGUCCGGUUAUACGUAAAUUGGAGGUUUAUGAGAGGCAUCGAAGCCCAGUUCCUAGCUCUUCAGAAGGGGUUUAAUGAGCUCAUCCCUCAACACUUACUGAAGCCUUUUGACCAGAAGGAGCUGGAGUUGAUUAUCGGUGGCCUGGACAAGAUCGACCUGGACGACUGGAAGUCCAACACGCGGCUGAAGCACUGCGGGGCCGACAGCAACGUGGUCCGGUGGUUCUGGCAGGCGGUGGAGACCUUUGACGAGGAGAGGAGGGCCAGGCUCCUGCAGUUCGUGACCGGGUCCACGCGGGUCCCGCUCCAGGGCUUUAAGGCCCUGCAAGGCGCCGCAGGGCCGCGGCUCUUCACCAUCCACCUGAUCGACGCCAAUACGGACAACCUCCCCAAGGCCCACACCUGCUUUAACCGGAUCGACAUCCCACCUUACGAGUCAUACGAGAAGCUUUACGAGAAGCUGCUGACGGCCGUGGAGGAGACCUGUGGGUUCGCGGUGGAGUGAGGAGCAACCAGAGGCGCCAGGUUCUAGCUCACAACCACCAGACCAAAGCGCACGGCUCUGUGCGCCUCCGGCCUGCGACGCUGGCUGAGGCUCUGGAAUUCUCGAUGACCUGAGGGAAAGGCUUGUCGCCCCUCCUUUUUGUGGGGGGAGCAAGGGGGGCGGGGGGACUUUGGUUGGUGGCUCCCACCCACGUUUUCCUCCUUUGACAGAACUCCCACCCCCUCCCAUCACCCAUCCAAUAAAACAAGCCAGGUUUAGCACUGGCUUCGGUCACACAGGAUGUUCUGCUACGGUUCUGACACUGACGGGGACAGGCUCCCGGCCCUGUGGUCUUUCCAGGGGUCUCGGCACGAAGCUGGGCUACCCUAGCUCUUCUGUCUCAGAGCAGACCUGAGGCUCUUUUCAAGUCCAGCAGCUCAGAUUCCAAAUUCCCCAUCCAGCAGCCUGCUCUGUGUAACAGAUGGACUUCUAAGCAAAAAGUAACCGUAGAAUAUGUACUUCUUGGAAUUCCGGCACGGCAGGAAGCUGGAGUCAAAAAUGCACUUCCCUCCUGGAAAGGUAAGGGAGGAGGGCAGCGCUCGCUCGAGGCCCGGGCAUUUCUUUUCAGGGUAUCCUGGCUGAAAAAUUUGUUCUGCAUAGAGAAGAGUGAUCUUUUCUUUUAAGAGUCCCUUUAGCCACAUUAUCUGUCCAGUUCGAAAUAUUUUCCCAGUGAAAACACCACAUAAUGGAGCUUGUAGAAAGGCCAAAACCAGCCUCAGGUCCAUGCACCAGGCACUGUGCCCCCUGCCCCCCCCGAAGGGCGUCGCUGGUUCACUUGAAAUUAACAAACCAUCGGAAAGUGCUGCGCGCUACGCUCACAGGACGGGAUUGUCAUCGUAGCUUCAGGCUCGGUGCAGACUAGCUUGAAAGGGAGAGAGAGAGGGAACCUUAUGACCCAAACCCACGCCAAGUUGCUGUUUUACAGAAAGCGGGUCGUGGGUAUAAACAUGCCCGCAGAGGGGCAGCUCCGUCCGGCCCACUUCCCCAGCGUCUAAGGUGACAGUAACAAUUGCGCCUCGAUUCACUUCCCUGGCCGUCUCCGUACAAAGAGCAAGGCCAGGGCUGCCUCGACCCUAAGUUUCUGACACCGUUUCCCAAUUUGCACAAAAGUUCCAACAAUAUUUUAGCAAGUGGUGUGACUUCAGACAGCUAAACUGGAGCGGAAAGAGCGGCGGCAACAAGUUUUCCCGUCUGGUUUGUUGUGUUUGUUUUGGGGCAAGUGCAGGCAGGUCAUUAGCGAGACACUUCACUGCUGAAGCUUUGUUAUUGAGGUUCCCGGAUGGGGGCCGGGGUCCAGCUUGCGGGUCUGAGGUGGGGGCGGGGAGCUUCCUGGCCGAGUUGCUGUCCUUGUCAUCACUAACACCUGUCAGCGUGCCGGGCGUGGAGGCAUCUGGACCCUCUGCAUCUUGCUGUGGUUCUUCUGCUUGACCUGGAAGCGGCCUGUGGUCUGACGUUCGGGGGCUGCCAAUUGCGGGCUGUGCUUCCAGGAGCGGAGGGAGCCAGGCUUCCAGGCUCCUUGCUGAAGUUCUGGGACCGGAAAGAGGCCGGUGCCGCCGACUGCAGGGGGAGGUGGGGCCCAGAGUGGAAGGCCAGGCCGCCUAUGCGCUGUCCCCCUCAAGUCCUGCCUGUUGGACUCUCCUGUGUGUCGUUUACCACCAUGCUCGAGGGUGUCCUAGGAGCUGGCUCCCGUGACGCAACGCGGUCCUCCCUUGGGGUCUUCUUGGGAGGAGUGAGGAAAUGAAUGAUAACAGACCCCCCUACGGGUCUCUCUAAUGAGAACCCAAACCGGGAGGAGAUGUCCCCGGGAACUGAGACCCCAAGACUGAGGGAGGAAGACCCACCUGGUUUUCCUGUGGCGUUGGCCACAAUCCGUGGUAAUUAGGAGGGAAACAAGGGUCCAGCGGUUGAAAACAUCUGGAAACAGGAAUGUGGCAUCUGAGUUCUUUAAUGCUGCCUUCCUGCUGUGAGGAGGAGGGGGACAGCGCCCCUGCCGGCCCCAGGCUGCUCUCCUGCGUCGGGUCACCUCAGCAAGAUCCAGGGGGUCGUGUCCUGGCUCCUCCAUGGGCAGCUGGGGACACACGUGUUGCCCGCCGUGAGGCCUGGUCUCUGCUUUCCUACUUGCACUUGGGCCUGGGCACCCUCAGCAGCUGUGCGGGUGGAGCCUGAUAGAGCAGAACCUUCCAGAGCCCUAGUUCCCUCUUGCCAAACAGGCUGGUCAGUGGCACUGCACUCCCAGAACCUUAACUGUCCACCGCGGACUGGGCCUCUGAACCUCCCUCCCCCACCAAAGAACAGCGUGGCCCCAGGUGGUCCGGCUCCCGGUUACUCCACUUUGGGUCUGGGGAACCCUCCCAUCGGUCACCCCUCUCGGGAACCCUAGACGGCCCACCGGUCCCCUCGCCCCUCUGCCCAGAUGCUUCAGGGCCCGCCUCUCAGGCCUGCCCUCACCAGCGGUCCUCAGCCACCCUCAGGGAAGCAGCACACCGCCGCUCUGCAGCGCGUGGGCAGGAGGAGGGACGGGCCGCGCGGGCCGCGCGCAGGGCAGGUGGUCCUCAGCUCUGAGCUGUCUGAGGACACGCCCCCACCCCAGCCGCAGCCAGGUGUGCCCCGCACGGCAGCCUUCCCGAAACGUAGUAUGAAUUUUUAAAAUUUCGUUUGUUUUUGUUUCUCAACCACUUUAUAAUGUAUUUUAAUUUAUUUUGUAACGUCUUGCGUAUUGCUGCUGUCCUUGUUGCUCUUCCCUGUUUUUAUUGCCGAUUUAUUUUGUGAAAGUUGUACACUAAUGUUCUGUUUUAUGUCAAAAUCAAAAGUAUUUAAAGAAAUACUUGUUCUAUUUGAUGUGGUUAUGGAACCAGCUGGAAACACAACACAGGCCGUGACUGCACAGCAGGCCGGGCCCAGGCGGCAGGCUCGUUUUGUUACACACGCAAUAAACUACGACUUUACAUUU